GCCCCGCGCGCCGCCCCUCGCCACAUCGCUACGCUCGCGUCCUCGGCGUCUGUCACGCACUCCUUCGCUGUACCUCCUCAGCGCCUUCGGCCUCGCCCCUCGCGCCCUUGGCUCCACCGAGCGGAUCAGGAACAUGACUGUCACGGGAUUGAGGUGCUUGCUGGUCCUGGCAUGCUGUUGUCUCGCCCUCACCCAGCUGACUGCCGCUCUCCCGCCGCCUCUGCAGGACUACGACGCUAUGGGUGACGUGUACGACUGGUUGGUGGAGCGCGGGAUGGAGCGACGCGCUCAGCCCUCGAUGAGACUGCGCUUCGGGAAGAGGGACAUGGGCUGGCAGGUUUCACAGCGCUCCAUGCCCUCGCUCAGGCUGCGCUUCGGGAAGAGGGCGCUCGAGCAGAGUGAGCCUCUCCUCGACCACGACUUGGUGCGCAAGGACGGCCGCACUCCCGCCCUCAGACUCAGGUUCGGCAAGCGUGACACGCCCUUCGCCCAGGAGGAGGACGUGGCCACUCCGGAGCAGUAAGGGACGAGGCAGGUUCUCCGACGCUCACGCCUCUCCAGGUUCCGUAGUGUCCUAGCAACCGACAUUCCCCGCCCGUCCCCACGCCCUCCCCCACGCCCCACGCCCUUCGGCAGCAGCCUCCAGCAAGCAAGUCUCUCCAGCAACGCAGCCAAGGACACCCGAGCGGCACUCCUGAAGGCACCCGAGGCUCUGCCGCGAGAACGAGGGAAGGCAGGAGGAAGUUCGACACCCUCGCCCAAGCGCGCCUCCCAUGGCGCGUUGCUGCCUCGCCCGGGGCACUCGGACCAAUCUUAAGCGCAUAUCAUGCAAAUAUAUAAGGGCAUGGUGUGUGUGCAUAUAUAUAUAUAUAUAUAUAUAUAUAUAUAUAUAUAUAUAUAUAUAUAUAUAUAUAUAUAUAUAUUUAUUUAUAUAUAUAUGUAUCUAUACACCGUGCCCUUCACGAACAGAUGUGCAGCAACAGGUGAUCUUCCGCGUCAAGACCAAAAGAGCUCUGGAACCCCUGCCUCCCCCCCCUCCUCCGGCUUACCCCCCUCCCCCACCGCCCCCUACUUGAACAGCUGGAGAAUUUGUUUCAUAAAGGGACUUCCGUCACCGUGUAUUUAGAAUUUGUCUUCAGAGUUUUGACAUUGUGCUUCAAAGUGCGUGUGUGUGUGUACAUGUAUAUACAUACAUGCAUACAUACAUACAUACAUACGUGUAUAUAUAUAUGUGUAUAUAUAUGUAUGUAUGUAUAUAUAUAUAUAUAUAUAUAUAUAUAUAUAUAUAUAUAUAUAUAUAUAUAUAUAUAUAUAUAUAUAUAUAUGUAUAUAUAUAUGUGUGUGUAUGUAUGUAUGUCUGUAUGUAUGUAUAGGCUGGGGACUUCUGUUGCUUUGUCAUUGCAGAAAAUAGCAUUUCAUAGCCUAAGAGAAGAGAGACAGACUCUCCACACGGACCUGACUUCUGCAUGCACCGUUCUGUCUCGAAUCCUUUCGAAAUCAGACAAAUCCGACGGACAGUUUCAGAGCGAUGUCAGAGUGCAACAGUUGCUGUCGAGUGCCACGUGUUCACAGACAUAUUGUUAAAAAUAAAAGAAUCUGGUUCACUGAUCUGCCGAGCCAAAAGCGGGAGCACGAGCAGGUUCAUUUCAAAAGGUUCGUCUAAAGCCUUUGUGUUUCGAUUCCUGAUCCGAUGGGUGAGUCUCAAGAACAGUUGUGUAACGGCAGCAUGUUUUGCUGUAGCAUUGCUUAAAAAAAGAUUAAAUUUAUGUAUACAUGAAAAUAAAUAGAUUUACUUUAUUCUAAGA